AUGUCGGUUCCACCUCAAAACCAAAUUUCUGCCAUACGAUAUAAAAAUAAGGAGAAAACCCUUAAUCAAAAAUAUGAUACUGUUUCAAAUCCGAAUUUCCAUAAUUCUGUACGUCCAGCAAGUUUUCUCCCACCACUUCCUCCAUUGCCUCAAUUUAAAGAUAAUUUAAUAUUGGCACCUCCAAUGACUCAGGCAACUUUGAAUAGAUUAGAAGUUGAAUCAACUUCAACUAAAUCUUUACCAAUUUCUUUUCCUUAUUAUUUCUUAGAUCAAGAAGACCCUCAAGAUACAUUUCAUCUUUGGCGUACUGAUACUGAAUCAGUGGUAAAAUCGACAAAAGAUAAAGAAUUACCUGAACCACCACUAAAAAAUUCAAAUAACCAACAACAACAACAACAGUCUCACCUAGAAUCAAAAAAUAAUAAUCAAAAUAUGGUAAAGACAUACAAUGAGUUUAAUCCAAAGAGAUUUUCCCAUUUCAUAGUUGAUGAACAGAAUCCCUACGUGAGCCAGAGAUUGGAUAAUUUAUCAGUAGUAUCACCAUCAUUAGAAAGUGCAGGAUAUGAAAUAAUCAGAAGUUUAACACCCAUGCAAAAGAAUACAAAGACUUCAGCACUGAUAUUAAAUCCUGAAAGAAAUCUUGGUGGUAGUGCAGAGGUAUUGAAUAAUACUCAGAGAGAUAUUUCAGAUUCAAUGGGUUCACAAGCUACUAUUUUCUCUACUCGUCCAGAACAGGAUUCACCAUUACUUUCCAGAAAUGAAAAUUCUCGAAAAAAGAGAGCUGCUAAAGUAUUGUUCAAGAGGAAAGCUAAAAGAACCAGUAAUGUGAUAGUCCCGAUGUCAAGCAGUACAAAUUCCAGUUUAGCUAGAAAGAAUGCCAUUAAAUCCAAACAAGGAAGUUGGUUUUAUAGAUUGAAAUUAAGUCUUAAAAAGAUGAUCUCCAAGUUCAAAUUCUACAGCUUUAAGGUUUCAACAAAAAGAACAGCCAGUGUUAAAAGAUCAAGAACAAUACAAAGUUUACGAAGAAGAAGAAGAAGAAGAGAGAAUCCACAACCAAAAGAUAUCAAAAGAAUUAAAUCAAUUAGAGUGGGAUCGUCUCCAUUUAAUAUUUCAGCUCCAAUAACAAAUCCACAAUUGGGCAAACAGCCUGUGUUUAAGGUGGCUAAGAUUGAUGAUAGUUUGAAAUUCAGAGCUGGUGCACCAAAGGAAAAUGUUAAUCUUGUAGAUUAUGAUGAAGCUUUUGGUAAAAUGAAUCAUUUAUCAGAGUAUAUUUAUCAACAAGAAACUGAAUAUUUCAAGAAACAUGGAGUUAAGAAGAAUGAUAAUGUCGCUUCACCUGAAAUACUCGGUGAAUCAAAAUCGAUGUUACCUUCUCCAAAUUUUGAUGAUUCACCUAGUGAAUUAUUAACUGAUUCCGUCACCACACAUGCAAAAACCAUGCCCCCAAUCCCACCUCCACAUUUAGAUCAUUCUUUUGCUUCUAAUCAAAGAGAUCAAAGCCCUAAACGUAUCCCAGUACCGGAACCUACAUCACCACCACCAGAACAACAACAACAAAAACAAAAUAUUGUUGAAUUAUGGGAAGAAUAUUUAAGAUUGGUGUUAUAUAAAAGAAUUCAAUUACGUCAAGAAAUCAACAUGUUUCAAAACUUUAUGGUUAGUGAAUUUACUCCAAAUACAAAUAAAAGACAACAUUCAACAAGGUCAGUUUCCAAAUCUCAAGGUGGAUUAUUUGUCCCAGACAAACAUGAACAAAGUAUUGCUAAUAGUAGUACUAUUAAUGGUUCAUCAAUAUAUACUGAUUCAAAUACUUUGGAACUUGUUAAAUCUAUGGAAUGUGAAAAAUUAGUGGUUAAAUCCAAUUCAGCUGGUGGAAGUACAAAUGCUGAGAGCAGAGGUGAUAAUGCUUCUGUUUAUACAUCGUCAUCAUUGGAAUCUAGUUCUAUGAUUAAUGAUAAAGAUGAAGAAUUUAAUACUAGAGUAUUACAUAGAAGAUCAAUGUUAGGGGAAAUGUUAGAAUAUCUGUCAGAAGAUGAUGUGCAAGAUGAAGAUUAUUACGAUGAUAAUAAUGAUAGUGAUGUAAAUGAUGAAGAUGAUCAAUCUAUUCAAAAAUCAAAUUCAAUAGUCAGCAAACAAUCAGAUAUAAUAUUGAAAAAAUAUGGUACAGUGGUUAGAAGAAAUAGUUCGAGGUUGAAUUCACCAUUGAAAAGAUCUUUUGGUUUAAAUCAUAGUUUAAGUUCCAUAGCUAAUGAGUAA